AUGACUUCUUCAGCACUUCCCAUUCGACCUUUACCUACAAAAGUUGCUGCGCAGAUCAAAUCGUCCACCACAAUCAUCAGUCUGAACAGCGUUGUCUUAGAACUGGUUAAGAAUUCGUUGGAUGCGGCGGCCCAUACGAUAGCUGUUACUGUUGAUUAUCAAAAAGGUGGCUGUGUGGUCGAGGAUGACGGCAUCGGCAUACCGUCAUUGGAGUUUAAGGACGGAGGGGGCUUAGGAAAGCUUUACCAUACAUCGAAAUUUGAGUGCACACAUGAAGUCUAUGGUCGUAGCGGCAUUUUCCUCUCAUCAUUGGCCUCCCUUGCCUUGGUCUCAAUAACAUCCCGCCAUAGAGCAGAUGCUACGACCAAUUCCGUAACGUAUCACCAGUCAAACACAAUUUCUAGACUCUGUCCAGCUCCGGCGAAAUACGACUUAGCCUAUGAACAUGGUACUAAGGUAAUUGUAACUAAUUUGUUUGGUAACCUGCCUGUUCGAGUAAAGCAUCGCGCCUUGUCGCUGCAAAGAAAUGGAGAUAUAGACAAGGAAUGGGAUGAGCUCACGCGCUUAUUGACGAGUCUAUUGAUUGCAUUUCAGAACCCAAUAAAACUUAUAUUUGAGGAUUCCUCAAAAUCUCGAAAGACAAUAAUCCGAGGCCGGAAGAAGAGAUCAGAUCAGAAAAAGUCACAAGACGAGCCUACGGAUAGAGCUAUUCUCGACAUUGCUCAAGUGGCCUCAAUUCUUUCCCAAGUAGGGUAUAUAUCUUCUACGGAAUUUGGGUCAUGGGUCUCAGCCUCGGCACGAGCGUCUGGUAUUUCAGUACGAUCUGCAAUCUCUCUCGUGCCUAGUCCAACCAAACAAGUUCAAUUUAUAUCUUUUGGGAUCAACCCGCUGAAUCAACAAUCCAAUGCCAAUGUUCUCUACGACGAAAUCAACCGAUUGUUCACAAAGUCCAGCUUCGGAGCGGAGGACUACUGCCCACCCGAAAUAGCCGAUGAACUUCAAGGGUUGAAUUUAGGGGAUAUCCAAAAAGGAGGUCGAGGUCAGCUGGAAAAGGGGUACAGGGCUCAUGCAAAAGGCGUGAACCGCUGGCCUAUGUUCUACAUUCGAAUAGACUUGAAAAAGCAAAGCGAAAUAAUUAAUGAAAAAAGUGGGCCGUUGAGCUCAGAGAAAUCUCUUGAAAAUAUUCUCAGCGUACUCAAUGCCAUGAUCUGCCAGUUUCUUGAGCAAUAUAACUUUUCAACGCCUCGGUGUCGAAGAGGUGAAAAGAGGCCACAGGAAAACGUGGUUGAGGCAGAAAAUAAGGAAUACCAGCCUUCCAAAAGACCUAAAUGCUGUACCACCACCAAUCCGGCUGUUGUGGUUGGGGAUGUUCAAACAACCCAGGAAGACUUUUUGAACCCUCUUCUCAAACUACCCAAUCGUCCUCAAUCAAGCCGCAUGCCCCCAGGCACUCUACGACCAGACCUUGCAAGUUGGUCAAGAAUAAAAGCAGGAAAAAAUAAAGAUAUUUUGGAAGAAAUAUGCGGCGGAUUACCGCGUAGGAAGAGUAAAUCAAUAACCUCUCUUGACAAAUUGCCUGACAGCGAAAGUGGAGAGGGACGACGUCUGAAAGAAUCCUUGCGUCCCGCGUCCUUUCCUACCACCCCAAUAUCCACAGAAUUGUGUGAGAGCACGCCCUUAGAUCAUACAGCUCUGGAAACGCAAACGGAAACGCUGCCACCCAGGGUGGCAGAGGCUGACAGUAUUGAGCAAGACCCUUCGAAUCAUGUGAUCGUGUGGAUGAGUCCCGUUUCGAAAAAAGUCCUUCAUAUAAACAAGCGCACUGGGCAGACCAUGCCAUUACAGAGCACUGGACCUAUACCAUUCCGCCCCAUAAGUGCGACUUCGCAAUUGUCAGUAAAAUCCAAACGAGACCAGUCGCAGUCCCCCGCCCCAACUCCAUGGAUCGACUCUGUCCUCCAAAAUUGGGAGAAUCCUGUUUUCCGCUUGCCCGAAUAUCCAAUACCAUCCCUCAGGCCUGCCACGCCCAUCCAUCCGGAACAGGGAGAUAACGGAUUUGCCGCCAAAUUACGGAAUGGGGCAGGCAAUACCAGCGAUUUCUCUUUCUCGUUCAAUGGGCGGCUUACGAAGGCUGGGCUUGCCAAGGCCAAGGUUCUCGCACAGGUGGACAAGAAGUUCAUACUUUUGAGAAUGGCCGUUCGGCCGAGUGAAGCUGGUGACGACCAACAAGUCUUGGUCCUCGUUGACCAACAUGCAGCAGACGAGCGAAUCAACGUUGAGCAGCUCUUCAUUGAAGUAUGUUCACAGACAGUAGACACCACCUCUCUCUCUCAACCAAUAUCAUUCAAAGUUUCUUCCCAAGAGGCGCAGCUUUUCACUUCCCAGUCCGACUACUUCGCUUCUUGGGGCUGUCUUUACUCUGUAUCCAGAGAAGAGACACAGUCACAGUAUUCUGCCGUCAAGAUAUCCGCCCUCCCCACUCUCAUAUAUGAAAGAUGCAGAACAGAGCCCAAGCUUGCCAUCGACAUGCUUCGCUCAGAGAUCUGGACGCGCAAAGAUACCGGAGUCACUCCAAAGCCCAGAGCUUUGGAGUCAAACAGCGAACCUGCACCCUGGCCGCAAUUGAUCUCCCAGUGCCCUCGCGGGAUCAUUGAGCUUCUCAACUCCCGUGCCUGCCGGUCAUCGAUCAUGUUCAACGACAAGCUGCGUAAUAAGGAGUGCGGAACCCUUAUCGCGAAGUUGGCCCAGUGCGUGUUUCCCUUCUACUGUGCGCAUGGAAGGCCGAGUAUGGUUCCAAUUCUGAACCUGGGUACCAUGUGCAAUGGUGACACAGCCGGGAUAGCACUAAACGAUGCAGCGACUGCUUUUGGAAAUUUUGCUGAGCAUGAGAAGGAUGCUGAACAGUUUGCGCAGGCAUACAUGACAUGGAGGCAUAACCAGGGGUGA